AUGAAAAUCGGCAAAUCACUGACUGAUUAUGGCAACAGGCCUGUUGUCAGUGGAAUAACUUACCGUUUAUCGGACUCUCCUAUCUACACUUCAACCCUGGAGACUUACGAAGUGACACCUCCUAACAUAUCGUCACCAAUGUUGGAGAACACUCGCUUACAACACCGCCACAGCACUUCACUAUCGUCUGCAGCUUCAGCAACAUCCAAAUCAACAAUUAAAACGUCAAAGACGGUUGCGACCUCCUCCAUGACUAUGGAAGGCUUGAAGACAUUGUCCGUGAGAUCAGCAUCCGCAAGUACCACAAAAAGCAGCUUUUUGGAGAGCUCCUCCAGUAGCAGUAGUAGAAUGAUUGAAGAUUCUUCGAAAUUGGUGGCAAAUAUUAUAGAGAUGCGGAAUUUAUUUCAGCAAAGUUGUGUAUCCGAACCCGUGCUAGAACAGAUUGAACAUUACUGUCAAAGUUUGGAGACCUUUCUACCACAGUCUUCAAGGCAGGUCGAGCCGCGUUUUACACAAAGGAAGCUUUCAACGUCAAAUGAGAUUGGAUAUCGUUUCAAAGAGGUCAAAAAAAGGACAAACCUCGCUUACCUCCGACUUCUCCGACAGCUUGUCAACGAAGUGGGUCUAGACGCCGCACUGACCGGUUCUGUUGGCGUUCCCCUUCUCGAGGCCUUCUGCUGUUGCCCCAGUCUCGAUGCCUCGUCAUCCCUUCCCUCCCCUGCUGGCAGCGAUCCCACAGAAAUCGCGAGAGCGCCCUACAACAAACUACCUCCUGGUGAAAAGAUGCGUCGAGCUGUCAGACUCCUAAUGGCCAAAGGGAAAGACACAGCGAUGGAUCGAGAGCUCAACAGCGAAUUCGUUGCUCUCAUUGAAGAACUGACAAAUUGCAAUGAAAGCACGUGUCAAGACGUAAUUGAAGAAGGUGGUUUGGAUUAUGUCUUUCGUGCCUGUCGAUCAGAGGACACUGAGGCGGUAAAGCAUGCUCUUCUGUCAAUGGUGAAUUUACUGCAUCGAGUUGGCAGAGCUCACCAGUACGAGAUGGUGCGUCAAAACACUUUUGCAUGGCUUCUUCUUCUUGCUCUCCAACCCGAUGAGGAGAUUCAAUACUACGUCUUCCUCAUCGUCACAAUCCUCUCCAAUAACAGAGAAUUGGAUGGAGUUCUGGAUCGAUCCUUGUUAAUGAGUCUCAUGAUCCCCUUCGUAAAGCGUCACGAUGUACGCGAAUUCGCUCACCAACAUUUCACUGAACAGACGCCCAUCUUCUCAGGCGAUUGGCUCCUCUUCCUCCUUCCUGCUCUAACUUCAGAAACACACGGGGAAGUUGAGGCAUUUGCAACCUUCCAUUUUGCAAUUGCGGCGCAAUUAAAAGCCAACCUCCUUCUUGAGCUAGGUCCAUCCAGUACGUUGUUCUCGUCCCAAAAGGCUCGAGUUGAAUCGGCGCUGGUGAAGAUCUCCGGCCUUAAACGAGAUCCAGCCUGGAAGUUGGCAGCUCUGACGUUGGAUAUAAUGGGCUCAAAGGUGCCCAAGGCACUUUCCCUCCAAGUAUUCCAUUGGCCGGUGGAAGAUGUUGUCUGUUGGAUGAAUAGGGAGGGAUUCGAUGCAGUGGCUGAGAAGAGCAAAGCCCUUAGAAUUGAUGGAGACAUUUUACUCAGCCUGACCGAAAAGGAAUUGGAGGAGGGACUGGGAAUUACUAAUUGUAUUGUUAGACGCAGAUUUAUGCGACAACUGUGUUACCUCAAAUCCAUGGUCAAUUAUUCCCUCAUUGAUCCAACUGGAGUGGCAGAAUUCCUGGAGGAGGCCUCAAAAGAUGUCGGUGACUCUGAAAGCAUGACAACCGAGGUGAUGAAUGGUGACUCUGAUAGACUGUUGCGAUCGAAGUCUUCUACAACUCCUGUCUCAGUCGUAGCCUCAAUCAUCCCUUCAGCAUCGCUCACACAGUACACAUACACCCUCCUCUCUCACGGAGUGACGCGACAACGAUUGAUGGAGCUGACGGAAGAAGAAUUGAAGAACACCUUUCACAUCUUUGAUCCUAUCCAUAGGCGUCAAGUACUGAAGGCAGUACAAAAAGCCACCAACAAAAGCAGCGCUAGUCGUGAAGUCGCAGAAAAUCGUAUCGACUUCUUCAUAUCCUAUCGCCGCUCCAACGGCACCCACUUGGCCAGUCUGGUCAAAACAUUAUUGCAAUUGCGAAAUUAUCGCGUCUUUCUGGACAUUGAACGACUCAAAGGCGGUCGAUUCGAGCACAAGUUGAUGGAUUCCAUCAAACGAUCCGACAAUUUCAUCCUUGUACUCACAGAAGGCGCAUUGGAUCGUUGCAGUACGGAUGGAAGCAUUGACUGGGUUCGUAGGGAAAUCAACUGCGCAUUGGAAAACAAUUGCCACAUUAUUCCUCUCUCCGAUCGAUUCGACUGGGGCAACAUCGACACCCUACCCGAGGACAUCUGUGCCAUCACAAAGUUCAAUUCUGUCCAAUGGACUCCAGAGUUGGAGGAGGGUUGCAUUGAUCGUAUCAUCGAAUUCAUGCGACAAAAUUCUCAGUCGGAGGGGCGGAAGCAUUGA